AUGACAUCUUUCACUUGGCAAAUUUCUGGUGUUCCUUUGGAUGAAGCUGAUAUAGAAAAUUGCCAAACUCUCGAACAAGACUAUACUGGUGAUUAUUUGGUCAUUAAAGUCCAUGUUAAUCAUCAACCAUGCGUUACUCAACCAGAAAUAAUACAUCCUUUAGUGCCCGAGAGGUCCAUGUUUCUACAUAGCCAUGUACUAAUAGAACAUGGUCUAUCACACAGGCAAAUGAUCAAUUUAUUUGAUCCUAUCCUUCCCUCUGAGUUGGUUCAAAUAAUGUCAUCGAGUUUGAUUACUGGGGCCAAUAUUUUGUUACAAAAUUGUCUUCCAAAUUUCUAUUAUGAAAGUCCCAGCUUUCGUUUGUUCAAAUUGGAUUUGGAUAUUACUGUUCAUAGGUUAUAUGAAUCUGAGCUUGAUGAUGAUGACAUCAUUGAAAUGAUCAUGAGGGAUCAAUCCAUGGGAGAUGUUCAAAUGGUUCCUGCUUCAAACAUUGCCAUUGAAUCCCUCAAGAAAGUGAAGGUGGAAGAAAGUGCUACCAUGGAAAGGUGUAGUAUUUGUCUAACAGAGUUUGGUGAUGAUGGUACUAUGGAGGUUUUAUCAAUGCCUUGCAAGCAUGUGUAUCACCAAGAUUGUCUUGUUCAGUGGCUUAAAACAAGUCAUACUUGCCCUUUGUGUCGCUAUACCAUGCCCACUGCAAUCAUGCCCACUUCUUAA